GAGGAGCUGGCCGCCCCGGGCCGAGCGGAGCGGGACCUCCGGGCGGCGACGCUCUGGCCCGAGCUGGCUCGUUGGUUUCCGCGCGGCCGCUCGGGCCCGCGCGGUCCAGUCAGCAGGGGGCGCGCUGGCCGGCGCCGCGGAUCUCCGAGCUGCGCGGCCCGACUCGCGUCCGCCAUAUUGGAUGCCGCAGCCGCUGCUGCCAGCGCUUCCUCCUCCGUCUUCGCUGUGCGCUGCUGGUUCCUGCGGCCCGAGCGGCGGGGAGUGCAGUGGCCGCCGCCUCUUCCGCCGCCGGGCUCGGGGCCUCCGCACCGACAACAUGGAGGCUGUGAAAACCUUCAAUAGCGAGGAUUGUGCCUCUACUCCUGCUUGUACAGACUGCUUUUCCAGCAGCAUGGACACAAGAAGCAUAUUGUAUUCCCUGAAUGACUAUAAACCACCCAUUUCUAAAGCCAAAAUGACCCAAAUUACUAAGGCUGCCAUCAAAGCUAUUAAGUUCUAUAAACACGUGGUACAGAGUGUUGAGAAAUUCAUUCAGAAAUGUAAACCAGAAUACAAGGUACCUGGACUUUAUGUUAUUGACUCUAUUGUACGACAAUCUCGACAUCAGUUUGGUCAAGAAAAGGAUGUGUUUGCACCCAGAUUUAGUAAUAACAUCAUUAGUACUUUCCAGAAUUUAUAUCGUUGCCCUGGGGAUGAUAAGAGUAAAAUAGUGAGAGUAUUAAACUUAUGGCAGAAAAAUAAUGUGUUUAAGAGUGAGAUUAUUCAGCCUCUUCUGGAUAUGGCAGCAGGGAUUCCUCCCCCGGUUGUCACACCUGUUUUGGCCAGUACUACUGCUGCUAUGAGCAACACCCCAGGAACGCCUGUGACACCUGUUACUCCAGCCAAUGUUGUCCAGGGUCUGCCCGAUCCAUGGGUAUCUCAGAUAACAAAUACAGAUACACUUGCCGCUGUAGCUCAGAUCUUACAAAGUCCUCAAGGCCAACAGCUUCAGCAGUUGAUACAAACUUUACAGCUCCAGCAGCAGAAGCCUCAGCCUUCUAUCCUGCAGGCCCUGGAUGCUGGGCUGGUUGUGCAGUUGCAAGCUCUCACGGCCCAGCUGACGGCGGCAGCUGCAGCGGCCAACACCCUGAACCCCUUAGAACAGGGGGUGUCUUUCAACAAGAAGUUGAUGGAUAGGUUUGAUUUUGGGGAAGAUUCUGAGCAUAGUGAAGAACCCAAAAAGGAAAUUUCAGCUUCUCAACUUUCUCAUGUUUCAGAAUCUGUGAACAAUUCAAUUUUUCAUCAGAUAGCAGAACAACUACAGCAGCAAAACCUUGAACAUCUCAGACAGCAGCUCCUGGAACAGCAACAGCCUCAAAAGGCAACCCCUCAGGAUAGUCAGGAAGGAACAUUUGGAUCAGAACAUUCAGCAUCACCAUCACAAGGGAGCAGUCAACAGCAUUUCCUCGAACCUGAAGCAAAUUUGGAUGAUUCUAUAGAUAUUCAGCAACAGGACAUGGAUAUAGAUGAAGGGCAAGAUGGAGUGGAAGAGGAGAUCUUCGAACAAGAAGCAAAAAAAGUGGCUGUUCGCUCAAGAUCAAGAACACAUUCACGAUCUCGUUCAAGAUCGCCAAGGAAACGAAGGUCUCGGUCGCGAUCUGGUUCUCGAAAGCGUAAACACAGAAAGCGAUCACGCUCACGCUCAAGAGAAAGAAAGAGGAAAUCAUCACGUUCAUACUCAAGUGAAAGGAGAGCAAGAGAAAGGGAGAAAGAACGACAGAAGAAGGGAUUACCUCCAAUUAGAUCUAAGACAUUAAGUGUAUGUAGUACUACUUUAUGGGUUGGUCAGGUGGAUAAGAAGGCAACCCAGCAAGAUUUAACCAAUCUGUUUGAAGAGUUUGGACAAAUUGAAUCCAUUAAUAUGAUUCCUCCCAGGGGCUGUGCAUAUGUCUGCAUGGUUCACCGACAAGAUGCUUUCCGGGCUCUUCAGAAACUUAGUUCUGGAUCAUAUAAAAUUGGGUCCAAGGUCAUUAAGAUUGCUUGGGCUUUAAACAAAGGUGUAAAAACAGAAUAUAAACAAUUUUGGGAUGUGGAUCUUGGAGUUACAUACAUACCAUGGGAAAAAGUUAAAGUGGAUGACUUGGAAGGUUUUGCAGAAGGAGGCAUGAUUGACCAGGAAACUGUAAAUACUGAGUGGGAAACUGUGAAAAGCUCAGAACCUGUUAAAGAGACGGUCCAGACAACUCAGAGCCCAACUCCAGUUGAAAAGGAGACAGUGGUCACAACCCAGGCAGAGGUUUUUCCUCCACCUGUUGCUAUGUUACAGAUUCCAGUGGCGCCAGCUGUGCCUACAGUUAGUUUAGUUCCACCAGCAUUUCCGGUCUCCAUGCCGGUUCCUCCUCCUGGAUUCAGUCCAAUCCCUCCACCUCCUUUUCUGCGAGCGAGUUUUAACCCUUCACAACCACCUCCUGGUUUCAUGCCACCUCCAGUUCCACCACCUGUUGUACCGCCACCUGCUAUUCCGCCAGUAGUACCAACAUCCUUAGUGCAGCCGCCAUUAUCCAUGACUCCAGAAACCGUGAAAGAUGUUGGCUUUGGUAGUCUUGUUUUACCGGGUGGUUCUGUUGCCAGCAAUCUUGCUACUUCUGCUCUGCCAGCUGGAAAUGUUUUUAAUCCUCCAACUAAACAAGCAGAGCCUGAAGAAAAAGUACCUCAUCUUAUAGACCACCAGAUUCCUUCUGCUGAAAACACCAGAUCAGUGAUUCCAAAUGAUAUUUCAAGUGGCUCUGCAAUUUUAGGAGGACAGCCACCAAAUGUGACAAGCAAUUCUGGAAUUUUGGGAGUCCAAAGACCAAAUGUGUCGAGUAAUUCUGAAAUUAUUGGAGUCCGGCCAUCUAAUGUUUCCAGUAGUGCUGGGAUUAUUGGACCCCAGCCACCAAAUAUUCUAAAUAACUCUGGAAUUUUGGGACUACAGCCACCAACUGUGUCAAGUAGUUCUGGACUUUUGGGAGUGCUACCCCCAAAUAUUCCUAAUAAUUCGGGACUAAUAGGAGUACAGCCACCAAAUGUUCCGAACACUGCUGGACUUUUGGGAACACAGCCACCAGCCGGGCCUCAAAACUUACCCCCUUUAAAUCUCCCUGGUCAAAGGAUGCCUGCGAUGCCAAUGUUAGACAUUCGUCCGGGACUAAUACCACAGACACCUGGACCAAGAUUCCCUUUAAUACAGCCUGGAAUCCCACCCCAGCGGGGAAUCCCUCCCCCGUCGGUACUUGAUUCAGCUCUUCAUCCACCACCCCGUGGUCCGUUUCCUCCAGGAGAUAUUUUUAGUCAGCCAGAAAGACCUUUUCUGGUUCCUGGAAGACAAAGUGUAGACAAUGUUACUAAUCCAGAGAAAAGGAUACCACUCGGGAAUGAUAACAUUCAACAGGAAGGAGAUAGAGAUUACCGGUUUCCUCCCAUGGAAGCCAGGGAAAGCAUUAGUAGACCUCCCCCGGUGGAUGUUAGGGAUGUGGUUGGACGGCCUAUAGAUCCAAGAGAAGGUCCUGGAAGGCCUCCGUUAGAUGGUAGGGAUCAUUUUGGAAGACCUCCUGUCGAUAUUAGAGAGAAUCUUGUGAGGCCAGGCAUAGAUCAUCUUGGUCGAAGAGACCACUUUGGCUUUAAUCCAGAGAAGCCCUGGGGGCACAGAGAUUUUGAUGAGAGAGAACAUCGGGUUCUGCCUGUCUAUGGUGGUCCAAAAGGCUUACAUGAAGAAAGAGGUCGAUUUCGGUCUGGAAAUUAUCGAUUUGAUCCUAGAAGUGGUCCUUGGAACAGAGGAUUUGGACAAGAAGUUCACAGAGAUUUUGAUGACCGCAGAAGACCCUGGGAGAGGCAAAGGGAUAGGGAUGACAGAGAUUUUGAUUUCUGCAGAGAAAUUAAUGGAAACCGUCUUGGACGAGAUAGAAUUCAAAACACCUGGGUCCCCCCUCCUCAUGCUCGGGUUUUUGAUUUUUUUGAAGGGGCCACUUCUCAACGAAAAGGUGAUAACGUGCCUCAGGUUAAUGGUGAAAAUACUGAGAGACAUGCCCAACCACCGCCUUUACCAGUACAGAAUGAUCCUGAACUUUAUGAAAAACUGACAUCUUCAAGUGAAAUAAACAAGGAGAAGAGUGACACAGUUGCUGAUAUAGAAAGUGAACCAGUGGUAGAAAGCACAGAAACUGAGGGGACAUAAUCAUCACUCAGUAGGUAAAAGAUACCUUUUGUAAAGUUGUCAUCUCUCUGUAAUAGAUUAAUGGCUGACUGGACCAUAGUUGUUCACUUUUGUCUGCCAGAAUUAAGUUAAUCUGAUGUUCAUGUUCACCUUUCUCUUAAAAUAAUUGUACAACUGACUUGUAUAGACAUUGUUCUUAAUAUGAACAUGGUAGGUAAACAUUUUUUUAUUUUUCUGAUAAAAUAUAAAUGUUGCCCCCAGAUUCUUUUAACUUCAAGGAAAUGAAUAACAGCUUGUCAGAGACUUCCUAUGGAAGAAAGAAUUUUUUUAGAUACUACCAUUAGGUUGGAUAUGGUAAUAGAUAUAUUUCAAAAUAGCAAGUGGUGGUAUAUCUUAUCCAUAUCUUUAGGCUGCUGCAGAAUUUUAAAGUAAUAGACAAAGCUGUGAUAUUUUAUGCAAAGACUGGCUCUAGAUAUUUGAGGAGCACAAUACAGAGAUUUUAAAAAGUGAUUUUGUAAAAUCUACACUAUGGUCUCUGUUUCUCCAAAGUAAGUGUUUGUGAUUUGUUCCUCAUACUGCAGUGAGUAAAAAAGAAAAAAAAAAAAAAAAGAAAACAACAUAAAUAUUAAAGUACGUUUCAAUGUUGGGUGAAUUUUGUUUUUAGAUGCCAAUAAAACUUAUUUGUUUGAUAACAGUGUUCUAGGAAUUGUAUUUUUUUAAUCUACAAAUUCUUAAAACGUUGGAUCAUUAGCAGCAUGUGCUUAGUUGUUGCAGAAGUUUUUUUAUUACUCUUGAUAACAAUGAAGAACUGUGUGGUGGAAAAACAUGUACUCUGAUAUAAAAAUCAUGCAGUCUCAUUAGUAUGUAUGUAAUAUCUGUAUAUAUUUAUUGUGUAAAUCCUAUGUAGAUUUUUCUGUUUCUCUGUAUGUCUGUCUUCAUGUACAUACAGAGAAAAAUAGUUGAUAGUUUAGAUUAUAAAAUAUUCUUUAAAAUCGGAUAGAAAAUUAGAGAAAUUUGGCUAAUUGACAAUGCUCAUAGUCAAAACUCUUAGCCUUUAUGAAGGUAAAAUAAGAAAUAUUGUAAAGAAAUGCAUUGACAGUUUGGCAAUUCUUUUUUAACAUAGUUAGGCAUGAAGCCAGAGUUAGCAUGGAGCCAGAAUUCACAUAAAUGCUUGCAUUGCUUUGUUUCACAUUAUAUUUGCUAUUCUGCAUAGAUAGUGCUAGUACUAAAGUACUUAUUGGUCACUUGCCUGAGGUGAAUUUCUUAAUUGCACAGAAUAUAUAGAGGUGUUGAUGGAUUUAAAAACAUUAUAUUUCAGGAACAAAGUGUCCAUCAUGUGUUCUGUAGGCUGUGGGUAACACUGUUCAGAUUAGCCUCCAAGGUAAACUGAGUAGCAGAAAAAUUGGGGAUUGGUUUCCUAUUUAUUUAUUUAUUUUUGCUUUUAAUUUUCAUUUAUUUGCUAUUUGUUUCUCCUUUGGGUUUUACAUAUAUAUACAUAUAUUAAAAACCAUUGGUGUUUUUUUUUUUCAUUCCUAAUGAAGGCUUUUAUUUGGUCCUAUGAAUAGUCCUUUUGUUUCCUGUGCAUUCCCAGCCACUCAUCAUUUGCUCUAUUUCUCUAAAAUUCUUAAGCUACAUUUGUCAAGCCUGCCUAAAAUAAGGAUAGAACACACCAGCCCUCUAAAGUUGGAUUUAAAUGUAAAUUUAAAAUUGGAUUGGUUUGGCUUACCUCUUGAUAAUCUAAACAGCUGUAAGAGCUUUAAGGUUGGUUCCUGGCCAAAAAUCAAGUCAUUUCUUCUUAAAGGUUCUGAACAGAAAUAGUACAUUAUUACUUUUGUUAUGUGAAAAAGUGGGUAAGCGUGGAAAUUUGGUGUUUAUUUUUAAGGUAAUUCAAUAUAGUCCAGCAAUUUGAGUUGGUUUCAGAUCUUUUCCUUAGGGUAACAGGAAAAACUGUGACAGUGGUGCAAAGUAUUAACGUUCAGGAAUGAUUAGCCUUGUCCUUAAGGAAAUUAUAUUGACUGGGAUUUCAAACUACUUUAGUUGUAUUUACCAUUAUUAAAAUUAAGUGAUAUUCACUUGGAUUAAGUAGCAAUAAAAAAUGUAGACUUUUCAGUGACUUUUGAUCCCAAGUUUUUAAUCACUGCUGGGCCUUCAUGUGUAAACUUGAAAACAAAAUAUGUAGAAGCAUCGCACUGGUUUGAAGAUUCUGGUGGUGACAGUUAACCUAAUCAGUUGUCAGUAGUGUAUCUAGAAACCUAUCUUGGGAGUGUGUGACACUCUUAAAAUAGGUCGAGAAAAAUUUAUGUCUACUCGUUCUCACUUUGUCCUUAUUUUGUAGUAUAGUAUUUAAGUGAAAGGAUAUUACUCAUCCUUAUACUGCAUUUCCGAAGUUUGUAUUUACGUUCACCAGUUUUUUGAAUGAUGGAGAGAAAUUAAUUGUCUUUGAUUAAGUUUGACGUAGAACCUAUCGUGUUUUUGAUGCGUUUGAUUCCAGUGCUGUCACUAGAAUACUAGCCAGUAGAAAUAGCAAGGAGUGACCUGACCACUUGAGUACAGUUGUUCGAAGUGCUGCAGGCAGUAUCUACAUGAGCCACCAAAUCGAUAGUGUCUUGAUUUGUGAUGUGUUAGAGAACAAUAUGACUCUCAGUAUAAUAGACUACAGUUUUAGUAGAUGCUUUCUAAAUGUUUUUUUUGCCUUUAAACAUUUCGUUAAACAUUGGCUUCUGUUUAUAGCAUAAAUACAUACAGUGCAGUUUGAUCAUUUAUAUUGCAGUUAGAAACUUGUUUUACAGCACAGCAGUCAUCUGCAGCACAUUGUAGGUGGAAUGCUAAAUUUAUUUCAGUAUGUAGGAUGGGAAAUGUUUAGCAUUGGAAGGUGGAAUAGUAUAAAAUUAUUUGUUUAAAACUCUGGAAAUGACUUUAUAUAAUAUUUAAUUGAUAACAUUUGUUCAUUAUUUAAGCUAUUACAUUCUUACCAGAGUUUCUUUUGUCCUGAUAAUUUAGUGGUCUCGUUAAAUGUAUUGGCCAUUUUCACUCAUAUAAAAGAUUAUAGUUUAUGGAGCCACACGUUUAAGGUUGUUUUGGGGUGGGUCAGUUUUAUUACACUCAAAAAGAAAAACUUACCUCUUUCAGUUUGAAAAAGUAUUUUUUUUAUAAACACCAUUGUUCAUCAGAUCUAAGGUGCCAUUUAUUGUAAGAAGCAUCGUUCAGGAAUAAAAACUGUUUCCAGCAUGACAUGCCAGUGAUUAUGAGACCCAUCCUAUUUCGGAAAUGUCAAAUCUAAUGGUGUCUUAGAAUCAAAGAAAUGCGGUAUUCAUUAUGAACUUUAUAUAGAUAUAUAUAUAAUCCCUUAUUCAUUGAGUGAUUUAAAGAACAUUUUGAUGUUUUUUUGUCAUUGUAUAUAUUUCAAAUGGGCACAACUUUAAAGAAAAAGUAAAUUUUAAUAUCCAAUUAAAAAUAAUUUUGUUAUACCUUAUGUGCCUUUAUUAUUACUUUAUGGGGUGCUAUAUUAAUAAAAUGUUUUAAGGGCUUUUAACUUUCAGAGAAAGGAAACAUUAAAAUUUUUCUCUUUAAAUGUUUUACAUAAUGUAGAAGAGGAGAAGCAAGUAUCUUUCUAUUCAUUUUUAAGAUAGGCAAAAUUAAAAACUAAAUAUUUGUAAAUAUAAUAAAUACAGAAGUGUGGCAGAGAAUUAUAAAUGUUUCCUUAAUUGAGGAUGCUGUGGUUUUAUAAAACUAUAACUUAAGUUUUUUAAGCACUAAAAUUUUAAUUUUCCACUUCAAAAGAAAUAAAGGUUACUACUUUUUAAUGGGAGAUUUAAAUACAAGACACCUUGGUUUAGCAAAACUUUCUGGAAUUAGAAUUCAAAAUUAAUGGCCCAGAUUGUUUUCUUUAGGGGGGUGUAUACUUUAAAUAGGGAUGUACAUAUUGAAAACAAUUUGAAAUACUCUGUCUCUGUGGUUCUCAGACAAGAAAUAUACAACAGAAUCACCUGUGGAAAUAGGAGGUGGGGGGAUGUCACCACAGACUUACAAAUACAGAAUCCCCUAGGAAGAUACAUAUUUUUAUACACACACACAUACACACACACACACACACACACACACACACACACACUCUCUUCCCUUGGUGUAUAUGUAUGCUUUUUAGACCCCCACAAACUACCACUUCAAAUAGAUUAAAACAUGUAAAUACUUAAUAUGCCAUGCACUUGAGAUUCUUCAAAAAAAUUUUAAGUAAAAUACUUUGGUAAUAUAAAAAUUAUUUUUAAUGUUUCAAUAAAGUAUAUACUUGUGGCAGUUGGCAUUGGAGUAUGAAUAAAAAAUAGAGAAGUCAUUAUCACAGUUCUAAACUCAUUAAAGCAUUAAGAAUUAAUCUAAAAGAUGAAUUAAGGGAAGAAAGGCAUGGAAGGAAACAUCUUGACAUGGUUUUAUAGGAAGUGUUUUUGACUCAAUUGAGAUUUAAUUAUAGGAUACCUCAAAGAAAAAUUUACUUGAUUUAAAUGCUUUGAUUAUGGAAAGGGACCCUUUGGGACAAGAUUGUGAGUGUCAAAUUUAUCAAGGACUAGUAAUAUUUCUAGUAGGAUUACUUAGAUGUGGUUGCAUGUCAGAAACUAACGCAGAUCUGUGGUUUAUUUUGCAUGAGCUUUGCUGAGACAUUUUUCUCCCCCUCUACUUAAUUCUCUCCUGUUUUGGGGUUCUCUUUUCAUUCUGUAUGUACACUUAGAAUUACUCUGCCCUGUUCUAAUCAUGCUAUAGAACAAAUAAUCUGAGUAACUUGUAAACUAUAACAGUAGAUCAAGGGGUAGAAUUGUGCUAAUGGACUAAGUUUACAUCAUAGAAGCGGUAGGUGCAUCGGAUAGUAGGAUUGUAGCAGGAUUCUCACACAGUCAUGACACCAAGGCUUUUCUUUCCAGGAAGCAACUUUAUUCAUGCCAGCAUGGCUCCGUUGUGUUCGUACCCUAAGAACUGAGCCCCGAACGCCAUGUGGCAUAGUCUUUUAUGCAUUUUUGACUUGUUUUCCAUAUAUGGUAACACACAAACAUGCAGUCUGAUUAAGUGGUCUCAUGUUACAAGGUCGUGAGCGAGGUUAUGUUCCUGUGUAGCCAGGUUGCCUUGAGGGUUUUUGGUUUUUGGGUUUUGUUUCUUCAUUUUUUAGGGAGGGGACCCUACCACAGGAUGACCUAUAGUGAAGGAAGUGGAGGAGGGAGCUCUUAUGCACAGAGCUCACUAGAUGGUAGAGAGUAAACUUAGAACUUGUGGCUUUGAGCCCUGAAUUCAUGAGAAGUAGAGUCUAAUGAGCGCGUUACUCUGGCAUAGCAAUGGCAAAUAUGUUGCACUUGGUUGACCUGUGUUGUUUGGCCCUCUCCACACUCCAUGGGAGCUGUCACUAUUUUGUCCUACUUUUCUGCCUUUCUCCGAAUUCUCCAAUCCUUCUCGGGGCACCUGCGUGGCUUAGUUGGUUAAGUGUCUGACUUCUGCUCAGGUCAUGACAUUGCAGUUCAUAAGUUUGAGCCCUGCGUCGGGCUCUGUGCUUGACAGUUCAGAGCCUGGAGCCUGCUUCGGAUCCUGUGUCUCCCCCUCUCUCCCUCUGUCUCUCUCCCUCUCUCUCAAAAAUAAAUAAGCAUUAAAAAAAAAAAUGUAAAAAGCGUCAUCAUAGCACUCCAGCCUCCUUUUUGACCCUUUAUUCCAAGCAAGGACUAUCAGUUGGAUAUAAUUGUAUUGAAAGCAGUUUGCUGCCCCUUGGCUUAGCGGUUUCUAGGGUCAUUUCUAGUGUUUAAACACCUUGAGUAUAUGAAAUAAAUUUUCUCCUCUGUAAAAGACCACUUGAGGAAGCCAGAGGAACAAAAGGAAAGACUAACAACAUUGGAACUUUUUAAGAGACCACAGAUUUCCAUGCCAUUAGGUUUUCAAAACUAUUUCUAACAUUUGCUAGAUAUAUAUGUCUUUCAGACAAGUUACUGUGCCUCCAAGCAUCAUUUCUUAAUAACUAAUCUGCGCGGUUACAUUUUUAAAAUGGUCAUUGGUGAUGUUAGCUAGUACUUAAUAGACGUGUACUAUGUGACAAGAACUGGGAUAAUUUUAUUACCUGUAUAAGACUCAUGACAAUCUUGUAUUUUAAUACCUAUUUUGCUAACAAGCCUGUCACAGAUUUAUUUCCCAGGGUCACCCAACUUGUAAAUACUUGAGGAAGGAUUGAAACCCAGGUCUAUCAUUUUGAAAAAUGAGUGUGUAGCACCUCCUAAGGUUCGAGACAUACAUGGCAGAGGCUCACCAACUGUUAGCUCCUCUUUUUUUUAAAAGGCAAAUAGGGGCGCCUGGGUGGCGCAGUCGGUUAAGCGUCCGACUUCAGCCAGGUCACGAUCUCGCGGUCCGUGAGUUCGAGCCCCGCGUCGGGCUCUGGGCUGAUGGCUCGGAGCCUGGAGCCUGCUUCCGAUUCUGUGUCUCCCUCUGUCUCUGACCCUCCCCCGUUCAUGCUCUGUCUCUCUCUGUCCCAAAAAUAAAUAAAUAAACGUUGAAAAAAAAAAUUAAAAAAAAAAAUAAAAGGCAAAUAAAACAAUAAAAAGAUGAAAGGCAAAUAAAUUUGUGCAGGCAGACAUAAACUUGAACAGCCAGUCUUCUCCUAGGAUAAGGCUUCAUUUAAACACUAAACUGAAUUUGUAUUUUCCUUAUUACAAGUACCUGUGGGACUCUCUCCUUUUCCUAUAGCUAAAUAAUCACUCCAGCUGCAUUUUCUUAGAUUCUGUUUUCAGGGUUUGGGUUUUUCUUAAGGUUAUGCUAUGAUAUAAUAUGGUUAACUCUCUUAAGAUGGUAUUUUGAGGUUUUUGUUUUUGUUUUUUUUUAAUGUUUUAUUUAUUUUUGAGAGAGACAGAGCACAAGAAGGGGAGGGGCGGAGAGAGAGGGAGACACAGAAUCCGAAGCAAGCUCCAGGCUCUGAGCUGUCAGGACAGAGCCCUAUGCAGGGCUUGAACGGAUGAACCACAAGUUCAUGACCUGAGCCAAAGUCAGAUGCUUAACCGACUGAGCCACCCAGGUGCCCCAAUAACAUGCUAUUUUGGAGGCAAGUUUGUAUUGCACUGAUACUAAGUAAGAUUUUUUUUUUUUACUGCAACUUUCCCACAAAUAAAAUAUCAAAACUUAUUUAUCUUUUAAAAUGUUUAAAUAUAUGUAAAGCGGAGCCAAUGGUUGCUUGCAAGUUUAUAUUUUAGAUUGUGGCUGUAGGAGCUCCUGUCAAAAUUUGGCAUUUAUACACUCUAUGUAUUGACAAAACUUAGUAAUCUGUUUUCUUGUGUAUAAAGCUCCUAUAUUAAGAAUAUUCCAUGGCUUGAAUUAAGUGAAAUAUGUCAGGUUGUCUUUACACAUAGUAAGCAUUCAGUAUUGGUCUUUAUUCACCACUUGAAAUCAGGCAGUUUUAGAGCCCAGCUCUGUUGUCUUUGAUAGCAGUGGAUAAUUUGCAGUCAUUUUACUUUUCUCAAAUAUAUAAUCUGAUUCUAGGUUUUCUUUCUCUUCAAGUCUUCUGUUCAAAUCACGAAACUUAGAUUCAUUUAAGUUUUAAUUCAUAGCAUGUUCUGGUGCUGGCCUUUGAUCACCUUUUCCCAAGUCUUUGGACAGAUGACUUUAAACAUUGUGGCCAUAUUACUGGCUAAUUUGCAUGUCAGGGGAACAUGCUUAUUAUAUUUGUGAGAUUUCUAUUUCUACUAAUCUUGUCAAAGGUAAUUAUUAUUUUACUUAUGAUUAUUACAUGAAAUAAAAAGUUCUGCAUUUGAACAAUGAGUUUUUAGUAACAGGAGUCUUAUGUUUAUUACUGAACUUUGGUCAGUUUGCAUAUUAAUAAGAAUGUUAGUAAAUCAGAAGACUUGUGAUGAGUAAAAUUAACCUUUGAAAGUAUAAGGGAUAAAACUUUCAGAAUUGAUCUUUCUGUGAUGACUGAAAUUAGUUUGGACCUUUUAAAUAGGAGAGGGUAGCAUUUACCAUCUCCGUAAGUUCUGAAAAGCAUCACAUCUUAUAUAGUGUGGUCAUACCCAGGAUAAGGAUUUAGAGAUUGCUAAGUAGUUAAACUAUCAGGGCUUACGUUAGGACAUUUUUAAAAAUUUACUUAAUAAUAUUUUAACUAUAGCCCUUUGUUUUUAUCAUACUACUUUAUGAAUUGUUAGCCAAAUGACCACUAGUUAAAAUACAUUCUCACUGCAGGGAGAGAAGGGCUUGGGUACGGAGAGGCUUAACAUUUUUGACCUCUGUGUUGUGAACAUUGUACAUAAUUUAUCUUCAGAAAUACACUGUUUGGUAGGAUUGUUACCUCUUUUUUACAAAUGAAGAAGCAAAUUCAAGUCCAGGGUUAAACGGAUUUAAUUUGCACAGGUGUUUGAUGCCAGGUUUUGCUGACUCUGAAGCUAUGCUUUACUUUAAAAGAUGCUGUUUUGGAAAGGUAGAUUUUAAUUCAUAACCUGUGUAAUUAGUUUCCUGCUAUAACAACAUUGCCAAACAUCGGGGGUCUUAGAACAACAGAAACUUAGUCCCUCACAGUUCCAGAGGUGAGAAGUCUGAAAUCAAGGUGCUGGCAGAGCCAUGCCUCUCUCUGAAGGCUCUGGAGGAGAAUCCUUCCUUUCCGCUUCAUAACUUCUGGGAGUUUUAAGCAGUCCUUGGUGUUCUUGACUUGGAGAUGCACCUCAGUCUCUGCCUCUGUUGUCAGAUGAUGGGCCGUCUUCCAUCUCGUGUCUUCACAUCAUCUCUGUGUGUGUCUAAAUUCUCCUCUUAUAAGGACAUCAGUUCUGUUGGAUUAGGAGCCCACCCUACCCCAGUAUGGCCUCAUCUUAGCUAAUUACAUCUACAGUGACCCUAUUUCCAAAUAAGGUCACAUUCUGAGGUACUGGGAGUUAAGACUUCAACAUAUAUUUUUGGAGGACACAAGUCAUAACAGCCUAGGACUGAAUUCUGUAACUAUUGAAGAUCUAAGUAAACAGACCUUGAAAAAUUUAAAACACACACAGUGGGAAAGGUAGUCACAUUUUAGAGUGACAAAACACAUCUUUAUUGAAUUCUAUUUUUAAAUUACUUUGGGUAUUACAACAGUCAAAUCUCUAGUACAAGAAUUGCAAGCCGUUAAAACGCAGUAGCACUGCCUAGCUUUUUAGAUGAAUUUGUAAUGCCCAUAGUAUAAAAGUUAAUUUCUUUAGUAAUAAUUGAAUUAAAAGAAUUUGGAAAGAAGAUGCUGUACUAUUAGUAUUAUAUAGCAAAGAAUCUUUUUACUGCAAAUUAUUCUUGCAUUAAAAAAAUUGACUUUAAAAAGUGGAGGUUUUUUAAAAACUUUAUUAAAUAUAGCUACCCUGAAAAUUGCUAUGUGUCUUUCCGUUUCACUUCUGUUUGUUUUAAAUAGUUUAGCAUUUUCUUUUUUGUCUACUCAUUAAAAAUUUACCUUAAGUGAUAGGACUAUCACUUUGCCAUUUCAGUGGUUUAUUAGAAAUUAGUUUUAUUAUUUGCCAAAUAAAUAACCAAUUUAUUUGCUAUUUUUAUUUAGUGUUACAACCUUAAUACAUUUCUCUAUUUCUUUUGGUAGAAUUAGUACAAUUUGUAUUUGAUCAAGUAAAAAGAACUUUGUAUCAACUGAAGUCAAAGUUACAUGAAUAUAUAGGUCUUUACUAAAUAGGUGUCUUAACAAAGGCCCCUGUGACUUCAUAGAAAUUCGGACAGUUCUUCUUGUUUUUGUUUGAAGAACACCAAAGCACUUAAAACACUGCCUGGCAUGUCAUAUUACAUAGGUGUUCACUAUUGUAAUUGUGGAUAAUGGCCAGUAGAGACUUAGGGACAUGCAAAGUAGUGUUGUAUUGGUUGCAAAUAAUUAAGGGAUUAUUUGUACAGAUUUGAAUAUUCAAAAUGAGGAAAGAGAGGAUAGGGGAGUUUUGUGUGGUUCUUGGAGCUUUAUAGGUCUUUUGAGACUUUUUUUUUUUUAACCUCUAAAGCUUCAACUCCUCGAGUUUAUUUGUCUGGUGCUUUAGGCUAGUGGCAAGCAUCCUGUUGGCCCAAGUGGCUUGCCUGUCAUGAAGAGGUGGCUGUGGUCUAAUAACAGGAAGAACAGUUAAAAAGCUUCCUUCCUGGGGCACCUGGGUGGCUCAGUUGGUUGAGUGUCUGACUCUUGAUUUUGGCUCACGUCAUGAUCCCAGAGUCAUGGGAUCGAGCCCUGUAUCAGCCUCUACACUGAACACGGAACCUGCUUGGGAUUCUCUCUCCCCCCACUCCCCAUCCCCCCCCCCCCGCCCCGUCCCUCUCCCCAGUUCAUGCUCUCUCUCUAAAAUAAAAUUUUUAAAAAGUCUCCUUCCUUUUGUUAAUUGCUUAAAUAUGUCCAGAUAGUAGUAAUUCAGUGGUUAAAAAUAGAGCAUUCCUCAUUUUUUUAUUCAAUAAAGCAGGAAUUUGAGUUUUAAGAGUAUACAUUUUUCAUGAGACUUGAGAAAGGCUAAUUAGAAAUGAAGAAACGAUUUACACUCCUAUGAAUAUAUUCAUGCUAAAAAUGUUGUUAAUCACUGAAAUAAACUAAAUACUUCCUUAAAUUGUGUCUGACUCAGUCCAUUGAAUGGGAAACCACAGUUAGAAAAAUGAUUUUCCAGUUUGUUAUUAGAUCUCCUUAUUUGAUACUAAGAGUUUGAAAAACAUUUAAUCCCAAAAUAAGUCUGUCAAAUAAAA